GUGAGUGAGUGCAGAGUUGGAUGGUGAGACGUGCAUUGCAUGACGUGCAGUUUUGUGUCGUUCCUAUCAGCAUCAAUGGCAUUAGCGGAAUCUAAACCAAACCUCAGCCAUCUACAGGUGUCUGAGCUAGUGAAGAGGCUCUUUGACUUGACGCCGUCCCAGAUUCACCCGCUGCCCAGCUACGAUGACCAGAACUUCCGCUUGGUGGUCAGUGAGGACAACGAGUACGUCCUGAAGGUAAUGAACUCUGAGGACAGUCAGAACCCCACUCUGCUGGAGCUGCAGUCUCAUGCCAUGACCUUCCUGCACAAGAAGGGGCUUCCUGCCCAGACAGUUCUCCCCACCACCUCAGGACAAGUCAUGAGCCUGGAGGACAUCGACUGCGGCUUUGGCGUGCAGAAGUACCUGGUGAGACUGCUGACCUAUUUACCGGGAACCACCAUCGCCAAAGUGCCCUGCUCUCCACAGAUCCUGUAUGAAGCUGGCAAAAUGGCCGCCAAGAUGGACACAGUCCUGCAGGAAAUGGAACAUCCUCAACUCCAUGUACUACAGAGGGAGAAGUUCAUCUGGAGUCUGUCCAACAUCCCUCUGCUGGAGCCGUACCUCCAUGUAAUGGACGGAGAUCCUGUACAGCAGGUGGUCAAGUCAGUCAUCCAACUAUACAAGACUUGUGUUCAGCCCAAACUCGGCUCCUUCCGCAAGUGCAUCAACCAUGGUGACUUCAAUGACCACAACAUCUUGGUGCAACCAGAUGAUUCAACCGGCUACAAAAUCUCUGGCAUCCUGGACUUUGGGGACAUGAGCAGCGGCUACUAUGUGUUCGAGCUGGCCAUCGCCAUCAUGUACAUGAUGAUGGAGAACCCCACACCUCUGGAUGUGGCAAGAGACGUGCUAGCCGGCUGGGAGAGUGUUAUUCCCCUCAACGAAGCCGAGAGGGACGCACUCUACCUGCUGGUGCUCUGUCGCUUCUGCCAGUCCCUGGUUGUUGCCCGCCACACUGUGAUGCAGCACCCGGAGAACAAAGAUUACCUCAUGAUCACCACCAAGGCGGGCAUCAGUCAUCUUUGCCGACUUUGGGAACUGGGCAAGGAAGUGGUGGAGAGGAGGUGGUUUCAGAAUGCCGCCCAGUAUCCUGGCAAAGAGUGGCCCAAUGUUCUCCAAGCCCAAGAGGUUUAAGGGAAGCAGUCUCUCUUGAAGGAUAUUUCAGGGACUUUCACUUUCUUUUCAUAGGCUGUGUGUCCCGAUUUAUUUUCCCUUCAGCCAGUGCUUUCACCAAUCCAAAUAUUAAAUCCAUGUGGAGUCUGCAGGUGCACCUUUGUAAGUAUUAAAAGGUGCACUCAGCAAUAUGAAAUCAUUAAAGUGUGGCGUGCCUCAAGCUGAUAGUUGGUUGUCAUCCUGUUCUGCAUGAUAAUUUCAUAUUGCUGAGUCUAGCAGACCCCUUUUAGUAACUCAGUUUUACAUGCAUUAAGUCAUCUCUUAACACUUCCAAAGCUUUGAUUUACGAGUUUAAACCCCCCCCGCACGGAAUUUGUGCUCUUUUCAAAAUGGCAUGUUGACAUUGUCAUACUGUGGAUAAUGUCUGUUGGGAUAAUGUCUGUUGGGAUGAAGGCCAUAUGAUUAUUCAAAUGAGUAGGUCGGAUGAUUUUAGGUGCUUAUAUGCAUAGCAACAAUUUACUCUGAAUCAGCUGUGGCAAUGUCCACAAUCCACACUAUGUCCUGUGUCAAUUUUCAUCAUUUUUAGGGCUCACUUCAAUUGGUGUAACUCACUUUACAAAAUAAGCAAUUCAGCAGCUAUGACCUACAUUUAACUAGUGCCUGUUUAAGGAGUCGUUGAUGUACCAUGAUCGGUUGUUAAAAUCAUAUUUUGUACCAUGAUUGUUUGUUAAAAUCAUAUUUUGUAAGAUUCAUCUAAUUCCGUUGCAUAAUAAACCUACAAAUCUGUGAAAUUAAGAAA